GCCUUUUGGGGUGUUUCAUUAUCGAGCUUCGCAAAAUAUUAUUCAUUGUUUAUGUGCCAUGCGCGCAUAAUUAAAAUAAAUUCCAAUUACAAAGAGAGGAUCUAUGUAAAAUAAGUGAUUUUAUGAAGUGAAAGUGAAGUGUUGAUGUUCGUUGUAAAAUAAGCUUGCCUACGCUUAGUUCUUGUGCCGUGUUUAUAUUGAAAGCGCGGCGCUCGUUCCGUCCGGUGUGCUGGAGGGACGUCGCCCCCGAAGUUCCUAUAGAGGUUAAGAUGCGGAGACGGGCGUUACCCCGGGAGGCGAGGUGAGCCAGCAUGGACCACGCGGUGAAGGCGAUGUCGGCGCGCGGGCCGCUGGCCCGGCUGCUCGCGCGCCGCCGCUUCGAGUCCGCCGAGCUGGAGGAGCUGUACGCGCGGUACGCCUGCAAGCUGCAGCGCACGUCCGUCGGGUCCGCGCUGGCGCUGUGGGCCACGCUUGCGGCUGCGCUGGCGGCCGUCGACGCGACCAGGGGCUGGCGGAGGGCACCGCAGGUGGGAGUGCUAAGCGCUCACGCAGUGCUCUGCGGCGGGCUUGCGUGGUGGUGCGGGCGGGCCGGCGGCGUGACGCCCGAGCGGCGGCUGCCCCGCGCGUGCUGGCUCGCGCUGGCCGGCGGUGGCGUGGCGCUGGCAGCCACGCUGCCCGCCUGGAGCGCGGGCGCGGCGGCUGAGGGCACUGCGCACGUGGUGUGGGCAGUGUUCGCGGCGUAUGCCCUGCUGCCGGUGGGCGCCCCGGUAGCUGCUGCCUUUGGUCUGCUCCUACCCAUAGCGCAUACCGUGGCAGCGGCACUGGUGGCCUAUCGCUUCCCCUAUCACGCGUGGCAACAGAUGGUGGGGAAUGUCGUGGUCUUCAUCUGUGUGAACGUGGUGGGAGCUCUAAUGCACUCCUUGAUGGAGACGGCUCAGAGACGCGCCUUCCUGGACACGAGGAACUGUAUAGCGGCCAGAUUGGAUAUGGAAGAUGAGAAUGAAAAAUUGGAAAGGUUGCUUCUAUCAGUGUUACCGCAGCACGUCGCUAUGGAAAUGAAGAACGAUAUCAUAUCGCCAGUCGAGGGGCAAUUCCACAAGAUCUACAUACAGAAGCAUGAACAAGUUAGCAUUCUGUUCGCGGACAUCGUGGGCUUCACGGUCCUCGCGUCGCAGUGCAGUGCGCAGGAGUUGGUCCGGUUGCUCAACGAGCUGUUUGGCAGAUUUGAUCAAUUGGCUAAUGAUAACCACUGCCUCCGGAUCAAGAUCCUGGGCGACUGCUACUACUGCGUGUCCGGGCUGCCCGAGCCGCGCUCCGACCACGCGCGGUGCACCGUUGAAAUGGGACUCGACAUGAUCGAUGCUAUCGCUUCCGUAGUGGAAGCAACGGACGUCCAGUUGAACAUGCGGGUCGGCAUCCACACGGGGCGGGUGCUGUGCGGCGUGCUCGGCUUGCGCAAGUGGCAGUACGACGUGUGGUCCAAUGACGUCACGCUCGCUAACAACAUGGAGGCUGGUGGUGAACCGGGACGAGUGCACGUAACGCAAGCGACACUAGAGUGCUUGGGCGGCGCGUACGAAGUGGAGCCGGGGCACGGCGCUAGUCGCAACGCGUAUCUGAGGGACCAUUCGAUACAGACCUAUUUUAUUAUACCACCUCCUAGGCGAAGAAAGAUGUGCCUUACAGCCGGUAUGGGUCUGAGUUCAGGGUCCCGUCGGAAGCUCUCCUUCAAAAACGUUUCAAAUGUUGUCGUACAACUGUUACAUUCGAUCAAAUUUAACGUCGACGUGCCAUUUUCCAACAUGGCCGCCUCCCCGCAAGAGCUCAAAGCGAACGCCGCUAGGAAGGUGCUGGACCUGCAGCGCGCGCUGCACGCGGAGCCCGGCUCGGCGGAGGCGCUGCGGCUGGCGGCGCUCAAGGAGGACGUGAGCGCGCUGCGCACCCCCCCGGGCCCCGCGCCCGCGCCCCCCGCCGGCCCCGCGCCCGCGCCACCGCCCCCCACACCCGCCACCGCCCCGCACAACCACACGUUCGACGCGGUCAUGCAACACCACGCCCUACGCACACAUGCAACGAUAUUCCGACCCUGGACAUUAGUUCCACAACAAAUACCCGCAGAAACAAAUAAAGUGACGGAGAAAUUUAAGCGGCCGUUGAAAAAGCGUCAUUCGUCUGUGUACCACCAGCCCACGAACCGCGUGAACAAGUACCUGGCGCAGGCGAUCGACGCGCGCAGUGUGCACCGCGAGAAGGCCACGCACGUGCACCUGCUCACACUUUGCUUUAAGGACGCCGAUAAGGAAGCACAAUAUCGUGCAUCAACAGACGGAGGGUGGGCGGGGUCACUCAGCGCUGCAUUGGGCGCGUUGGUCGCAGCUGGAGCGCUUCAAGCGGCUAUAUUACCAAGAACAUUAAUUCUUCUGAUUCUCUUCGUGAUCGCUUUCGUGUGGUCUGCAGCGGUUUUAGUGCUGACUUUGGCUGCGAGGUUGCGGCUCAUACCGUGUGAUGUUUCUAGACCUUUCGCUUUGAGGAACGCUAUCACGACGUUUACUAUCGUUCUGGGGUAUGCUGUUGGGCAAGCUAAUGUGCUAUCAUGUCAAGCGAUAAACGUAUGCGGGAACCUCACAGAGCACACAAUAACCAUGGAGGCUCUUCGAUCAUCCCGUGAUCUAACUUCACUAUGGAGCAGUCCAGACAUACACAGAAUGUGUCCAGUACCUCUAUAUAUAACACUAGGCUGUUGUCUCAGUAUGCUAACUGUUGCUGUGUUCUUGCGACUGCCGAUUUUGGUCAAGGGAAUAUUACUGGCUGUGAUGACAACUGGCUAUGUGGCUGUUAUAUUGAUAUACCAUAAGUACCUGUUUGAUUGCUACGAUUUGAUGACCGACAACGAAGGUCUAGUGAGCUCCGCGUACGUAUGGAGCGCGUGGACGGUAGCACUGGCGCUAGCCGUGUUAUUGCACGCGAGACAGACUGAGUGGACGGCGAGGUUGGACUUCUUGUGGCAGCUGCAAGCGCGGGAUGAGAAGAGGGAUAUGGAUGCUUUGCAGGCAUCUAAUAGAAGAAUAUUAUUCAAUCUUCUACCAGCGCACGUGGCGACGCAUUUUCUGGACAACCAGUUUAGGACUAAUAUGGACCUGUACCACCAGUCGUACCACCGCGUGGGCGUGGUGUUCGCGUCCAUCACCAACUACCACGAGUUCUACAUGGAGCUGGACGGCAACAACCAGGGCAUGGAGUGCUUGCGGCUGCUCAACGAGAUUAUUGCUGAUUUUGAUGAGCUUUUGGGUGAAGAUCGGUUCAGUGCAAUAGAUAAAAUCAAAACAGUAGGGUCCACUUACAUGGCAGCUGUUGGUCUCAUCCCCGACAAGAAGAUGACUGAUGAUGCUAGCACAAGGAAACAUAUGGCGACGCUUGUCGAAUUUGUGUUCGCUAUGAGAGAUAAACUUAAGGAUAUUAAUGACAAUUCGUAUAACAAUUUCAUGCUUCGAGUUGGUAUUAAUGUUGGGCCAGUGGUAGCUGGUGUGAUCGGUGCUAGAAAGCCUCAAUAUGACAUUUGGGGUAACACAGUAAACGUAGCUUCUCGCAUGGACUCGACGGGUCUUCCUAACCACACGCAAGUAACGGAGGAAGUUUUUCAAGUGCUCAAAGAUUUGCCAUACCAGUUCGUGUGUAGAGGAAAGGUCAAAGUGAAGGGCAAGGGUGAAAUGACAACGUAUUUUUUAACGGACAGAGCACCAUCGAAUAGCAAUAACCAUCACAUACCGAAUAGUCAGCCGCAGAAUCCUCCUACUGCUUAUGGCGGUGUGGCAACGCCGCUUGCGAUGUUGCAAAACUCAGCACGUAGAGCUGCAGCACCACCGUCCCGGUUACCUCCACUUCGAGAAACAUCUGUAGCGGGUGAAAGUGAACCGCUACUCCCACCGAAUGGACAUCAAAAUGGUAAUCAUAAAGGAAGCAAAGGUAGACGAAAUAAAGAAGUAGAAGAUACGCCUCCUCCACCGCCGCCCCAUGGUAUUAACGGGAACCCAAGGUGGCCACCUCCACGAGCGUUAGUACCUCCUUGGCCCCGACCACAGGAACCGAGGCCGCCCGUGGCACAUAAAAGAAGAGCACCAGCAAGAUUACCACGUCCUCGGUCGAGUGAAAGUCUGCCGUUGGCGAGAAGUCCACGGGUACAUUCGUCUGCGGAUGAAUUAAGCUCUCUAACUCGCUCUCCAAGUCUCAGCUCCUCAGAUGAAAGCUACUCGCGAACCACCGAUGCAUCUCCUUCUCCGCCAAGAGCAAAUCAGUGGCAACCGCCUCGACCGCAACACAUUGACGUCAAUCCCAACCCGACGUAUGAUUUUCCGCAAUUGCGAAAACAUUCUCCUCGUGUUAUAUAUGACUUUUAUGUUAAAUAUGGACUCAAUAAAAAGCCCUCUCUCGACGACAAACUUCUAGAAGGAAGUAUAAAUCUUCAUAAAGAAGAAGAGAAAUUGCAAAGAAGUAUAUUGAACAUGCACCAACCGUCCGCUAAGCGAGACAGUUGCAGUCAAACGGACAAAAAGGACGUCCCGCACAGAUUUACGCAAAGAACGAGUUCGUUUUCGAGUUCAGGAAGUCGACCGAGCAAUCUGAAACAUUUGAACCAUGACAGCAGAGAAGUUUUUACGAAACGCAGUCCUUCAGAUAUUGCGUGCGUUCCACCUUUCGAACGGGAGAUUCAAAGGUUACUGGAUGACAAAAAUCUUGUAAUGGUUAAUUCACCUAAAGCGGAACGAAAAGAACUGAAGUUAGAUUUAAGGGCAGCAAACGCGUGCGUGGAAGCGAUGCGCGUGAGCAACAACAACAGCAGCCCGCUACACGCAGUUGGUCUCGCUGCUAUCACGCAACUGGCCCGUGCCUCCCCACCACAACCCCCACCUGCACAUCCAACACAUGCAACACAUCCAACACAUGCAACACAUGCAACACAUCCAACACAUGUGCAACAUGCAACACAUGCAGCACCCCCCGUGCCGUCGCCGCGUGCUGACUUCCCAGGAGUGUUGCCAACUGAUGUAGUCGUUGAUUUGCCGUCGCCUGCGCAUUCUAAACAUAGUACGAACCCCCUACCAAUCAGGAAGGAGCCUUUAAAUACCAAAGAAAAGCAUGAAAACCCUGAAAGACUUCAUAACCGGGUACCCACUUCUAACCAUAGAGAAAUGGGUCACUACGGGGAGAGUCAGUCAGAGUGGAGCUCCUCCUGUUCAGAGGGCGAGGGAGAGGGCGACGGCUGUCAGCCCGAGAGCACCGGCUACACCACCGACGACCCCGCUUUGGAAAACGUCUCCAUGUUGAACGAAGCCGGGCUAACAGACGCAGAAGCGGCACUCAGCGAUGUUAACUCCUGCUAUUUUGAUAGAGAUGAUGACGUAUCCUCACGAGCGUCAUCACGGUUAUUGGAUUCCGAAGCUUUGGUGUCGUUAGAGUCGCUCAGUGCGAUCUAUGACUCGGAUGAACCUGCACACCGCUACCUGGCCAACAUCCGCACGGUGAGCGAGUGCAUCACACGCAACUUCGGCCAGCCCGCACACGUCACUGACGGCGAGAGUGACGUGUGAUGCGUCACGUGACGUCAUCUCACGUGUGAUUCUCUUCUGCUCCUCGCCCCCACGUAGGCGACGGCGCCCCCCAGCUCUCUAAUCGAAAUCUAAUACUCAACAUUAUUAUUGUACGAUUAUGUCUAUUUUGGACUAG